AUGAGGUCAGGGCAGAACAUCCAGAAGCUGGUAAAGGGUGGUUUCAUCAUCAGGAAGCCUCAGAAGAUCCACUCCAGGUGUCGUGCAAGGAGGGCACAUGAGGCCAAGCAGAAGGGCCGUCACUCUGGAUAUGGUAAGCGUAGUGGCACCAGGGAGGCUAGGCUCCGCACCAAGAUCCUAUGGAUGCGGAGGAUGUGCGUCUUGAGGCGUCUUCUGCGCAAGUACCGUGAGGCGAAGAAGAUCGACAAGCACAUGUUUCAUGACAUGUACCUGAAGGUCAAGGUAACAUGUUCAAGAACAAGAGGGUCCUCAUGA